GCUGAUCAACUCUUAAGGGUUAAUCUGAGUCGGACAUGACGCUGAAAUCCGAUACAGGUCCGGAUGAAUGAGCCUGGCUGUUGCUUUAGAACUUGUCUCCAGUUUGUUUUCAGUCUGAUACCCACAGGUGGGUUUUCAUGCCUGCAAAUGUGUUGACACGAGGUAGUCAGUGACGCCAGAAUGUAAAGCUCAUGCGCCUGUCCUGCGUCGUACUGUCCCGUCCUCAACGCACUGCGUCAUGGCGACAGCUAAGAGAAAGUUACGCAUUUCCUAGUCGGAGUUUAUGGAUUAAAUCACUCCGGCAAUGAUCAGCCACAUGUUAUGGUGGAUUACAGUGUUUCACAUGCACCUGAAGCACUAAUUCCUGAAGAGAGGCGGCCCUUUUAAAAUGGAGGAGCUGGCUCUGAUGGCCUUGCUGGAGUGUCCUCUGUGUUUCCAGCAGCUGGAUGUGUCAGCUAAGGUUCUGCCCUGCCAGCACACCUUCUGUAUGUCCUGCUUGCAGAGACAAGAGGCAGCCCACUCCCAGCUGUUCUGUCCAGAGUGUCGAGCACCUAUCCCGGCCAGGACAGUGGAGGAGCUUCCCGCAAACCUCCUGCUGGUGCGGCUCCUGGAAGGGCUCCAGGGCUCACAGGGGCCCAGCAGGGACGGACAGACCACCCGCUACGCAGUACCCUUGUCCAGGGGCAGCUUGUCUGUGUGGGAGGGUAAUCAGCAACAGGAGAGUCAACACAGAGAGAGGCCAGGGCAGAAUGAGCUCCAAGAACUGAUCCACAUCCAGCGAGACGAUCCAUCCAGGGAGCUGAUCCUCUCGCUGGGUAACAGUAUCACCCCGAAACUCAAAGCCAAUGAGAACUGGCACCACCAAGGAAAUGUCCCUGACAUCAGCGGUUUGUCUGUCAAUGAUGGCACGCUGCAGGCCAUCAAACAGAUGCCUCCACAGCAGCUCCUCCAGCAGUCCCAACCUCCGGCUCUCUGCAGGGCGCUGUUUGACUUUAACCCUGGAGAGAUGAAUCUGGAAGACAGUAAAUAUUGUCUCAGCUUUCUCAAGGGGGACAUCCUCACUAUCAUCAGGCGGGUGGAUGAACACUGGAUUGAAGCCAAGAUAGGGGACAAAGUUGGAAUUUGCCCUUUGCAGUUUACAGAGCCAAACUCUGUUGCUGCCAAACUGCUGGAGGGAAAGACUCGCAGGGGGAGUGAGUCAGCAGAAUUUCACCACCGUACUGGGACUGGGGGCAAAGACAAGGCCACUGACGUACCUAACAGGACCACUCUUUACGGAGUCCCUCAAGCCUCGAUAAAGACACCCAUCAUCAAUGCUUUGCCUCUCUCCAACCAGCGGAAACAGCCUGCAGCCAGCAGCGGCAACUUUUAUCAGACCAGUAAAGGAGAGACGACAAAAAACAGCACCUUCAACAACUUCAACCAUCAGGGUCAGCUGCAGCGUCUCUCUGUGCACACUGCCAACCGUGGCCUUUCUCACACCUCCAGAGUGAACACUCAGCGAAUUAGACGCCACUCUGACACUACACACCGACACCUGUUACAGAGUGAGAGGAAGAUGACCAGUGAGACCCCGCCCACCAUCUCCAUGGCUCUGGUGAACCCCCAAAUGUCCUCUGCCUCUGCAGACAGCAAAAACUCCUCCACACAGCAGCUCUCCAUCAGUGUGUGUGCAGUCCUCUACUCCUACAAACCACGACGGCCCGAGGAGCUGGAGCUAAGGAAAGGAGAAAUGGUAGGAGUGUACGGAAAGUUCAAAGAAGGCUGGCUGCGUGGGUUAUCGCUCAGAACGGGCAAAGUAGGCAUCUUGCCCAGCAACUACAUUUCGCCUGUGCUCAGAACCUCGGCCAGACUCCUGGAGAACAAAGCAGCUAACUCGUCCACACAGUACAACACAGCAGCUGGAAAGAAGCCCACAGCUGCCAAGAAUCCUGCUGUGGUCCUUGCUCUUGAUAGGGUAAAUGCUGAUGGAACGAUACACUCAUCAGGACAGGUGCAGUCUGUGCCAAAUGGAGCACAGCAUGCAAUGUCAUCCACAGGAGCUGGAAAACCAUUCCUCUAUGGAGGCUCACAAGGUUGGGAGACAGUGAGACGCAUUUUUAAUCCUCAUAGAGGCUCAAACCAUUUCUCCCAAACGUCCAAUAUGAACAUCCCGUCCAACUCGCAACACUUUGCACAAGUUCAGGCAUCUGGCUACUCGCCUGCCCUACAGAGGAAGAAAAACAGUGGGAUCCUGUCCAAAUCUGGCCGACCAAUGGGCUGGAUGACUGAGCCAUUAGCGCCCUCUACUGUUGCAGCCUUUAAAGACAGAGACUACACUGCUUUUCAUGAGGCAACUUUUCAGCAUGAAAGACAGCUGUCCAACAGGCCUCAAUCGAUACUAGUCAGACCUGACUCUCACAAGAACAAUACAGACAAGCCUGCAAAGUCAGUACGAUUCCUCACAGAUGAAGACUCCCCUCCCCCAAGACCUCGGACAUCGUCUUGGUCGUCAGGAAGUCAGGUCUCUUCCAAUGUCCGUCCUGGUCCUCCUCCAUUAGAGGUGUGGGCCCCAUCUCUCACCCUGGGAAGAGAUGGGCCAGGGAUCAUCCUUAAAGAAGGAAAAGUUCCUGUCCUACGAAAAGGGCUUGAAACUACUAUCUCAGAUCUAAAUUCUAACCUGCAGAAAUCCACUCCAUCACAGCCGUCCCUACCUUCAGUGUCAGCUCAGUUCAGCCCUAGCAGACACAGAGUGGCCAUGACGCAUUUAGCCCAGACAGACUCUGAACUCAGUCUGCUUCAAGGGGAGCUGGUCCUCGUCCACAGACCUCGACCUGAUGGACGGGUUCUGGUUACUCAGGAGAGCAGUGGGCAAACAGGCUUAUUCCAUUGCAGUGUUCUCCAAGCCCUGGAGAGGCUAAGCUGACUGUGUAAUACUGCUGCAGUACUGUAUAUUUCUAUAUUCCAUGUGUUCAAACUGCCAAAUAACUUGACUGACCUGCGAAAUAAUAGGAUGCGUGUAGAGGUCCAAAGGUUUAUACUGCCAAAUGACAAUCUUAUGAAGGAGGUGUUUAUUUUUUUCCUGAGUGCAUAUGAGAAUGUGAUAAAAUUCCCCAGAGAUAUAUUGUGUACUUCCAACAUAUGUGCAUGUCUGUUACACAUGUACUAAUAUGAGAUUUUGCACAAAAACCCACCUAAUGACUGUUCCUUGUUGAAUACCCAUGUUACACGCAUUGGUUAGUGCCUUUGUCAAACCCACAAAGAAAACAAACUAUAUUUAAAUAUAUUUAGAGACAUCAUGAAGUAAAAUAUCUGUACUGCUUAUGUGGUAAUAAAUUAUACUUCCAGAAA